AUGGCUCCCCCUACGUCCAGAUACAUUGACCGACUGAGCGACAAGCGCGUGCUGAUUAUCGGCGGCAGCUCAGGCAUCGGUUAUGCCGUCGCCGAAGGCGCCCUCGAACACGACGCCAUUGUGACAAUCGCCGGCUCGAACCCCUCAAAGCUCAAGCGGGCAAUGGCCAGUCUCCAAACGUCGUAUCCCACCCAAACAGCCAACAAUCGGUUACGUUCUAUGUGCUGUAACCUGUCCGAUACGUCCAUGCUGGACACCAACCUAGUGCAGCUCCUCAAACUGGCCGCCGACGACGGCAAAAUCAACCACGUCGUCUACACGGCAGCUGAGAUGACUCAGCCACCGUUACUGGCAGACCUGACGGCCGAGGUCGUCCAGAAAUUUGGCAUGAUCCGUUUUGUGGCGCCGCUGAUUCUGGCGAAACACCUUCCCGUAUACAUGGAUCGUAAAAAGGAAAACUCGCUGACCUUGACGAGUGGGGCGCACACUCAUAAGCCUGACCCUGGCUGGACUGUGGUUACGGGGUACUGUGGAGCUGUUGAGGCUGCGAUGAAGGGGCUGGCUGUUGAUCUUAAGCCGCUGCGGGUUAAUGUCGUCUCUCCCGGGGCGGUGUUGACGACUGUUGUGCGUGACAUCUUGGGUGAUGCGUUCGAGGAGGGUAUCAAAGCUGCUGCGGAAAAAUCAACUGUGGGAGCUGUGGGAAAUCCAGAGGAAGUGGCUCAGGCUUAUUUGUAUCUGAUGAAGGAUUCGUAUGUUUCCGGGACGGUGCUAGAGUCGAAUGGAGGUAUGAUGCUUAUGUAG